AUGUUCAUUCAGGAGAAGCAACUUUCACUCUCCCUACACACAUGGAAGCAACAAGCCCAGAAGGGAUUCUUCUGCAAGGACGUGCAGCUGGACGCCUCCAGAUGGCUAUUGAGCCUAGAGUUUCUGUCUGCCACCCAGUAUCCUCAGACAGCAUUGCUGGUGAUGCACUUUGACUGGCCAGGUGGACCAGAAAACCUUUUUUUAUGUGAAAGAUCUGGCCAACCAAGCCCAGGAGAUGGUGAAGACCUCCUGAAGGUGACAGCCAGCAUCCUAAACAUGGCUGGCAUACUCUACCAGUAUGUGGCACCCCCAGGAGCCAGUAGCAUUUUGGAACUUGAGUAACUGGGACAUGUGGAUGAGCUGGAGCUGGAGCCUGGCUGCUAGGGACACAGGAAGAGAAGAGAUUUGGCCAUGGCUCUGCUGCCUGGUGGAGCUAAAGCUCAGUGCCUCGCUGUCCCUGAAGCUCUCCUUGUACCCAUCCCACACUGAGUGUCUCAAGCUGCAGCCAUCCCAGAGGUCUGGACUACAGCCUUUCAGAUAAGAGAAAGUUCCACAGUUUCUCUGCUUUCCAUCCCAGGCCAUGUUCAGGCUGGAGGCUUUGUGCUGAUCCACGGAGCCAGUGAAGCAGGCACAGAUGUCAUCCAGCUGGCUUGGGGUGCUGGCAUUGUUCUUCUGGUUAGAGCUGGCUUCCAGCAUAAGCUUCAAAUGGCAAGGAAGCUCAUGGCUGCAGCUGGAUUCAGUUAUAGAGAAGAUUUUUCUGAAACUCUAAGAUUCAUUAAAGAUUGGGAGAAGAAUGUCAACUGCCCGGCUCUUGAUGGUUGCUAGGCUCUCUGUGGCUUAAUAGGAGGAGCUGAUCCUUUAAAACUACUUUUUAAAUGAGGUAGUCCGAUCUCUAGUUUGCUGCGAUCUAGGGAUAAUGAGGUGGUACAAACACCGGUGAAAACCUCCACGGAGCAGAUUCUGCCCUUCUCUGCAAAACCCCAACGUCUGCUGCCGGUUCUGGAUAGAGUCUACCCGGCAACUUAUAUUCAAGUGGAAUAUGUGGAGGCUAACAGGAACGUGGGCAAAAUCGUCUUGGAGCUGCCCUAGUGGAGGACCUCCGAGCAAACUUGGAAGUGGCCUCUCUUCCCAUGUGCGCUCCUGUAAAUAAAAAGGUGUAUGUGACGGGUUGUGUGCUGUGUUUGCGUGGACAGGGGCCGCG